ACCCUCGAGACCUUCCGCAUCAUGGGACUGCGGAAAGAAUUCGAAGAAGCCAUCACAGUCAUCACAGGGACGGAUUUUGCCCCUGACGAACGAGUAACCAGUUUAUUGCAAACCACGCAACUACUCUCCGCUCUACUCUCCGCAUAUGACAUCACCACGUGUAAAGAUGCCCGUCUUCUGAGCAAAGCCAUGGAAGUGGGCGACAUGCUCUACACCUUUUUCGACACUCCAAACCGUCUCCCGGUCACGCGGUGGAACGCAACGAAAGCUGCAAACGGCGAAGAACAACAAGUAUCGCAGCAUGCCACACUGGCAGAUCUCACAUCAUACAGUCUCGCAUUUACCAGGCUGUCUCAGCUCACAAGAGACAUGCGGUUCUACGACGCCGUAGCCCGCACUAUCACCAUCCUCGCAUCACAGCAAAGCCGAACCAGAAUACCCGGUCUCUGGCCUGCCGACAUCAACCUCCAAAACCUCGACCUGACAUCCAGCAACACCUUCAACCUCCACACGACAUCACACUCUGCGUACGCACACUCCGCACUCAUGACCCGUUUUCUUGGCACCUCGUCCGCCGCAUCGCCCUACACGACUGUCUCAACAAACGCCCUCGACGCCACCAUCCGGCACCUCCUCUUCCGACCCAUAACGCCCACCAACGCCUCAAUACUCAUGGCCAGCACCGCAUACACGACCCCCAAAGGCCACAUUACACGUACACACACAAUCGACGCGUCAUCGUGCGCUCUCGGCAGCACCCUCGCCCUCUCAGCCGCACUCACUCACAACGACACGCACCUCGCUUAUGCGCGUCUUGUCACAGAAGGCUGCAUAUGGACGUCUCUCCACGCGCCUCCGUCUCCUCUGGGCCACAUCAACGCGAUGCCAGAGAGCUUCUCGAUGCUCGCCUGCUCGUCGGCGGCCCUGAAGAACAGCGCCCAAAACUGCACGUUUGAGCCUGCUGUUUGGCCCACCCAAGUGUAUCCGGGCUUCGAGAAGGUGUGGGACGCCAAGCGGACGACUGUCAGGCCAGAAAUGGUCAUGAGUUUGUUCGCUCUGUACCGCGUCACGGGAGAGGAGAGGUGGAGAGACGUGGCGUGGGAAAUGUGGACGAGCGUUGAACGUGUUGUGGCGGCGAGGCUGGAGCAGUUGCGGGACGAGGAAGAGUUGAGGAUGACGACACAGACGCUCAAGUUCUUCUACCUGCUCUUCGGCGACCCAGCCAUGUUCAGUCUCGACGAGUGGGUCUUUGGAAGCGACGGGCAUGCGUUG